AUUAAAUCGGUGAGAGAAACAAAACUAAAAACGUUAUCCAGCAGUGAUGGUGGAACCAAACCCCGAACCGCGUCCAUAUCUGCCUCACCACCGCCGCUAGCAGCAGACGCGGGCAGUUUCGGCGGUUUCUUCAAAAUGGAGCGGCCGAAGUUGCGAGUUACAUCCGAAUACGAUAGCGAGACCUCCGUUUUCUUCAACAAAAUAUCGUGCAAAUUACUCGACAAUCUGGCCAAACUCAAGCUCUCUUUUCAGAACAGCAACAAUGGGGAGCUUCUGGAGCCCCAUCUCUAUUUGAAAUCCAAAUUCUUUUCGCUACAAUACGACGUCGAAGAAAACGAUGCGCUGCUCAAUACCUCCUUCGAAAUCGCACCUGGCUUGCGAUUCAGGGCUGCAACCGAACUCAAGGCUCGGCAAGGAGAAGUUGCAAUGAUUGCAGAUCUUGCAGGUCCGGCAUACAAAUUUGAAUUGUCAUCGGCAGUACCAUCUAUCGGCAUGCCGAGAGCAACUUUGAAAUUUCCUCUCGGUGAAAUUUCACUUGAAGAGAAAGAUGAGGAGGAAGAGCAGCAGAAGAGAGUUUUAUCACUGAAUGGUAUUGUUAAAAGUCAUAUUCUGAAUGGAGUUUAUACUGCCCGGUUCAAUGAUGAAAGUCUGGAUUUACGUUAUGCAUACAAGGAUAGUGAAAUGACGUUUAUUCCAAGCUUAUCUCUCCCUUCAAAUGCUUUGUCUAUUGCAUUUAAGCGAAGAUUCAGUCCUUCAGACAAGUUAAGCUACUUGUACAAAUUCGACACAGACAGUUGGAGUGCAGUAUAUAAACACAGAGUUGGGAACGAUUACAAGUUAAAAGCUGGUUAUGAUACUGAUGUACGCCAUGGUUGGGCGGCACUCUGGGUUGGGAAUGAAGAUGGCAAAGCCAAGACUGCCCCGAUGAAGAUGAAAGUGCAGAUCAUGCUCCAAGUUCCUCAAGACAAUAUUAAAUCAACGGCUCUGAUGUUCCGAGUCAAGAAGAGGUGGGACUUUUAAAUCUAUGUAGGCAGAGAGCAUCAUCAUUUGCACCAAAUUUCUACUCUUGAAAAUACUCCCAAGUCCCAGCUUUGCUAAAAUUUUAAUAUCUGUUGCAGUGUAAGUAUAUAUACAGAUAUGUUUAAUUCUUGAUAGCAAUAAGCUUCAGAUGGUAGGAUGUUUUUCA